AUGGUGACUGCUGGGAGUGAACUGAAGACUGGGUCAUCUUCGGGCACAAGCACUGAGUGUCCACCGGAAAUGUGGUUUUCCCUGCUGUGCAUCGCGGGCCUCGUCAUCGCGCUCCUGUCGUCCGCCUAUUCCGACGCACUCCGGCGGGCGAGAAGGCGGGAGGACGACGCCCGGACGUCGUGGAAAAGGGCCGAGACGGAAUGGCGGAAGAGGGAGAGUGAAUCUAUAAAAGCAGCGGAGAGAAAGGCCAGCGCCUAUCACCAGCAGGUCAAGCAGACGCAGGAGAAGGUGAUCCGAGCUCAAAAAGCCACUGAGGGCUUCGAGAAGAGGAUCCUGAAGGCGGAAAAGGAAGCCGCUCUUGCGAAGAAGGACAGUGAGGAUUUUCAGGGGAAGCUUGCAGACACGGUGUCGGAGAUCGUGCGGAUGACGAAGGAGAGCGAUAGCCUUCAAGAGAAACUGAACAAGGCACAGAAAGAGGCCGAAGAAUCCAGGAAAAGUGCCAAUAUGCUUGAACAAUUAGUUAAAAGUUGCGCUAAAGUGGUGGUUACUUCAGAAAAGCCUAAGGUCUUAACAGAAAAUUACAGUGGAAGGGAGCAAGAACCCAUGAAAAAGGAGCCAGUGACAGAGUGCGAAACAUUCCCAAGUGGCGGAUGGACUAAGUUCCUCCUUGUUGGCACGGUGGCCAUCUUGCUCAUUUGGCGAAAAGUUGCGGUGACUUAUUGGUAUAAAAUUCAAGAUGUGUUUUCUAGAUCUGAGAAACAAUUACCCAGAUAGGGAAGAGCUUUGUCAGUUACUAAAGAUAUAUUUGCUUGUAGAGGUAUUUUCAUGAUUAAUUAUAGAUGUAUGUUUGGUUGGCGUGUAUUUGCUAUCUGUGUGAUAUGGUGAAUGACAAUAGUUGAAGCGUACAACUACAGUAUCUUUAUAACCCUGUGUGAAUAUAUAUAAACAUAUAGGCAAAGAUUCAAAUAUAUAUGAGAAAACAGUAAAUUGAUUUUAUUUUUCUUUACAAUAAACGUCCCGAAUUACAUCCAGGGAACAUUGUGACUGCAAAUGUAGUUUUAUUACAACCUCCACAGCUAUCGUCUGGUCAAGAUAUGUUAUCUAUGGGUCUAAGAGAUCUUCCCCGAGACCUUCCAAAUAUCCAAAGGUCUCGCACCUAAAGCCAUGGAUUGCGUAUACAACGAGA